AAUGGCGUAAUAAUCAAUGUGUGUUGCUCACUAAUUGGAUUAGUACUAUACAUUUUCUAAUCCACAACGGUUGGUUAAGCUUCGAUCACAUGUUUGUGUGUUUGUGUAUGCACACGUGCUCAUUCUUGUGCACGUAUUAGUGGCUUGUUUCAUAAUGUGAGCAUGGCGUCCGAAUGUGGGCGUGCACAAGUGGUGUGCUGAGGGCCUCGUGUGUGCUCGAGGGAGGAGAGACAGCCAGCGCGGCUGUAGAGCUGCAGGCAAAGAGAACUCCUUUGUGUUGAUUGUGCAUCAGUGACCUGAAACAAGACAAGUGUGCAUACUCAGAAAUGUGUGUCUAUCAUUUGGGGAGCGUCUUCAAAGCAUUUUGUUAACAGACUGACUGGCUGCUGGCCGAACAUCCUGACUGCUCCAAACGGUUUUACAUCAGCAGAUUUGUCACCAUGGCAUCAGAGCCUGAGGCUUGGCAGGAGAAGGGUCCUGUCAACUCGCUCGACGAGCGGGUCAAUGAGUCCUGGGCGAGAGGUGAAGUGGGUGCGAUCACGAGCCGCGACUCCCUUCUGCAAGACAAAAAGGCACCGAGGGCGGAACCUGAAGAGGACAUUGACAUCCUGGAGCCUGGAGUUGAAGAGGAAACUUUGGCAGAAAAACAAACACUCUCAAGAACCGAAAUAGCUGAUGUUACCAAGUUGGAAAAUCAGGAAUCAACAAGAAUUAGUGUUUGCACCCUCGGGGAGACAAAAGAGAUUGUGACAGAAUCAGAACAAGUUGCCCAACCAUCAGAAGCACUACAGACUCGUAGGGAAUCUGAGGAGUCUGUUGAUCUAUGCCAGGAUGUUUUACCGCCUACUCCUCCCAUUAGAGCUUUAUCAACAGAAGAAUGCUUUGAGACAGAGGGCUUCUCCGGUCUGGAGGGGGAGGUGGCUGAGUGGAUCAGUGAUGCUGAGAUAAUGUCAGAUGCAACAGAGGACCUCACGUCCCCCGACAGCCAGAACAGUGAAGAUUGGCCUCAUGCACCUCCCCUCACUGAUCCAUUAGAUAGAGAGGAUUCUACACCUGAGGAGAUGACAGGAGAUAAUAUGACAAAAGAGGAGAACGUCACGCAGAUGAACUUCUUACCAGAUGGUAACAGUGAGCUUGAAAAUAAUAUGUCAGGGGCUGCGGCUUCUGUAAUAAAUUCAACUCAUCAUUCUCCCCAUGACGGAAACAAUUCGGAUGAUGAAUAUACUGUGUCGUCCCCUCCGUUCGCUGAUGAAAGUGAAGAAGAACAGGAAGUGAGUAGUGAUAUUAUGUCUUGUCAGCAGCAAUGUCCUACACUGGAUAUCAGGGGCGGGCCUCUCCAGCCUUCAUGUUCAGUUUGCAUUGAACAAACCUCACAUCUGCCUUCAGUUCCCUCGGUCGAACAGAGGGAGGAGCUGUUGACCCAGAGUCACCGUGAACUCGCCCCCAGGGGAGCAAACCAGGAAGCCGCACGACAGGUGCUCGGCCAGGGCUCGCCACCUUUGUCAACCGUUGCCAUGGAGCUGUCUGAUCUGGGCGGGGCGGCUUCUCAGGGCUCUGGCUGUGUUGCAGCUGUGAGAGAAAGGCACAGCCAGGAGGGGGGAAGGACAGAGGGAGAACGCAAGCAAACAGGUGGAGAGGAAGGGCACAUAGAGGGUGGACUUGAAAGGAGCAAGCAGCAACAAGGCGGAGGGCUGUCAAGGACUUCAAAAACGGUGAGAACACAAGAGCUUAAGACAGAGAGAUACAGAUUUGUGUCUUCCAAACACACCAGGAUGGAGAGUGACUCGUAUGAUGACAGCCAGAGUGACAGCGGAGUUUCAGCGGACUUCUCCCCAUGCAGCACUUUGGAGGGCAACACUACCACCUCUACAGGCGCUCCACCAGCGGCACUCAAAGAGACUCCCAUUGAGAGGGAGAUCCGACGAGCUAUUGAGCGUGAACAGAGCCUGAGAAGGUCCAGAGGGCUGCCGAAUCCACCCACCACACCAGAGUAUGUAGAGCUCCCCCUGCGGAAGACCGUUCUCUGCCAGUCGUUGACUGCUAAUCCUGAAAGAUGUCAAAGCAAAGACAGGCAGUUUGCCGGCAAGAAGAUGCAGCAUGAGAUCCACGAGGAGGUUCGGAGGGAGCAAGAUCUGGUCAAGCUUGGGAAAGUUCCGGGCAUCUAUGACAAAGGCACGGUACGUCAACUUAAAGAGAAGAAGCAGCUUUUUGAGGCCUUUCAGACACCCGAUGACUUCAUUUUGACUGUGUCGACGAGGAGUAAGGUGACGUCCUGGUCUUCUGCCAGUGACAUUUCAACCCUAGAGAACCAGGAGGACAUCUCAUCAACCGUAGAGGGAUCCAGUGUUGGGAGGAGUCUUACACAGAGCCCAAAUUCAGCGAAAGGAGGGAGUUCCACUGCUCUGACUCCCCGAGGACCAGGCUUCUCUGAGGGAAGAGGCUGUCAGGUCAUCAUCCUGGAGAAUAACCUGGGUGUCCCAGAUCAGAGGCUCUACCCCACCAAAACAGAGGCCAAGCCCGUCACUGUGCUUGACUCUGGACGUCCAAACGUCGCAUCAUCAAGGACAGGAGGACAUGGUUGGAUUAAGGGUAGAGAGCAGGAACAAGAGGAAGAGGUCGCACCCAAGGAGAACCCCUUUUUCAAGCUGCGCUCCUCAACCAAUGUUGUCAAAGUGGAACAGGACAUCCGGGAGGCUCAGGAGAGGGAGAAGGAGCUUCACAAGCAAAGGAUUAGUCUGUACGGGGGCACGGAGGGCUCAAAGGGAGGGGGGAUGGGAGGAGGGGGAGGAGGCGGGAGGCCAGCCAGCAGAGAAGGAAAGAGUCCAACGUUUUCUUCUACUUCACUGAAUGGACUUGCUGUUCCUGAUUCCUCUGGUUCAUCUUCCAGGGGGGUAACUGGACCCCCAGCAGCACGCCAGUCAGUUGGCAAGUUCGGCUUGUGGCCCCCGGCCCAGGCUGAAGAGGAGAAGAUUAACCGUCCAGAGACCUGGUCCCUGAUUACAAUUAAGGAAUAAACGGAGGAUCGCGGGAGAAAUUGGUCUCAGUUGUUGACUUAGUCACACUGAACAUGGCCCCAGAUCACAGCCGCAUUAACCUCCCUCUGACCGAGCUAAUGAUGCUCAUCCAAAGAGAUGUCCUUUGGAGGAAGUUCAUCCCACUCUUUUUUGUUUUUUUAAUCUUUUUUCCUCCUUUCUCCUGUGGCUUAUUGGUCUCCUACUCACUCUCACAUCUGAUGUUUCUACUUUUUUAUCCUCUUUUUCAUCUCCCUCUCUGUUUCUGUCUUCCUGCUUCUUUUACGUUGCAGUCACCGCUUACUGCUGCUCAUUCCCAUCUUUUCGCCCAGGUCCCCUACAGUCCCCGGACCCCCAGACAGAAGACCCCUCUGGUACAGCGCUGGGAGCUGGGCUUGGUCAACGGACACAAUGAGGAAGACGACUGAGGAGAUGUCGAGGUUUCCAACUGAGGGACGGGCAGAAGAAGCUCACCCAGACCUAUAGUUUUUGAAAUAGAGGGCUGAAAGACUGUGUGAUUAAGAAAAAAAAAAAAAAAAAAAGGAGGACGGUAUGAGAAAAGUGGGAACAGACUAGGGGAGGGAGCGGUGACAAAGAGGAGGAAAGAGAGAAUGUGAAGUGAGAACGAGGUCAGGGAUUGAGGCUACAAAGGGGGUCAGGAGGAUUGGGAGCGAGGAAAAGGAUUGGCGGUGGACUAAAAAACCCUGAAGAGUCCUUCAGCGGGGAGCAGAGAAAACGGAGGAGAAGGGCUACCUAUUAGUGGAUAAGCACUUGGGUCUGGAAAACUCUGCGACUAAUGAAUGUAAAAAGGCAAACACUAAUAAUAAUGAUGCUAAUACUGCACUGGAAAGAAUGUAAAUUUAAGAAGAAUGCCAUGUCAGAGUUAAUAACGACCUAUUAUUUGUUUUUUAGAUUUAGAUUUGUACAGUAUCUGAUAGAAAUACUAUGUAUCAUCACCAUUUUCAUGCCUUUACUGACUUACUACACUGAGUUAAAGUUUAUUUCACCUACACAAUCAACUGCAAUCCCGCACAAUAGCCAUGCAAUAAAUCCCACCCUUUCUUACAGCUCAGUCGCUUCAGUUUUUAUUGACGCUGUCGUCUGUGUGGUCAUUUCAGAGGCCGUGGUGCAGCUGCACUGACUGCGUUAAACUGAAACUUGUCUCUUAUAUUGACUCCAUUUACAUAUAUAGAGGGGCAUAAAGUUAGAAAACACUUCUCAGCAUAGUGGACUCCAGUGCAGCGCCAACACUCAUUAUAGCCAGUGGCACAAGGAGACUUAAUCUAAUUGUUACUUAAAUGAUAAGUUCACCCAAAAAUGAAAAUGCAGUCGUUAUCUACUGACCCUCUUGUCUAUGAAGAGCUCACAGCACAUUUGUGGCGCUUCAUGUGGAAACAGAGUGGCAGCAUUCCCCUAAACAACUGAAGUAGAGGGGGACUUCUUUUAAAAUAAUAAAAACAAACAAGAGAAUGAAAUACAUGAACUGGCUCCAUACAGCCCGUCCAGUGCAAUCCAAGUCUCCAUCAUCUCUUAAAUCCCAAAUUAGUUUUAAAAGACAUUAAGACCCCGCAUGUGCUGGGUGUACACUUUUAGCUUGGCAGCUACAGUGAAGAAUUCAUGUUAAAAAUUGCUUGAAAAAACAUCUCUUCAUCGACAGGGGGUUGAGUAGAUACUGAUUGAUUUUUGCAUUUUUUGGAGAACUUUAGUCCUUUAAUGACAUUGUUGAAGUGUUUCACAUGAACUGGUUGCUCAGUCUGUACAGUCUUAAUCCAAUAAAUAGCUUUGUCUUCUA